AUGGCUACAUCCGCCAAAGAGCAAGCAAAAGCCCAAGGUCAAGAGGACACCCGCAAUCCGGACAUGGAAAACAAACCCUCAGAGGCCAAUUACUGGAGCGGCAUUCAGCCUCGCUAUAUGAGUGUCGAGCAAGAGAAGGAUUCUCAGUAUGAUCUUGAGGAUCUCGGCAAGCCUGAGAUGCUGAACCGGAAUCGAUUGCUACGGCAAAGGCCACAGGAUCCGAACGAGUACACGCAAGGGCCCGUUGAGGGUUAG